AUGUUUCGCGAUCCCAGCGAAUAUGAUCUUAGCGUCCGUCAACAGCCUAAGCAGGCGCGUAUGUGCGGUGUCGGUGGUAUGUCUUCUCACUUUCUGCGAAAUAUCAUCUCAUGCUCACCAACGUCGAUCACGACAGCCGACAGAAGACCAAUAGACCCCCCACCCAUCGUCCAACUCCGCGUAAUCGACCACAACCGUCGCUCAAACAAAUCCUCCUCCAACAACCCAAACCCAAACCACCCAAGCGUACCCCAACGCUCCUCCGAAUCGCCCUCUCCCCAGCCCCACCACCUCCACCCCCACCCUCAUGCUCACCCUCACUCGGGCGGCGGACAUGGCCCCGGUGAUUCGGAGAACGACAAUCGCGACGCUGGGUUUUUCGUCUUUCCGGAUUUGUCGGUAAGACAGGAAGGAUCGUACAGGUUGAAGCUUAGUUUGUUCGAAGUCGUAGGGUAA